AUGCUUCUUUUUAUGUUGCUAUCAUAUACAUUAGCUUGUUCAGGUACUCAUAUGAAUCUUAUCUAGAUCAGAAUUGUGUUGAAUGUGAUUAAAUUACAAUUUGUACUGCUUGUGUAUCAAUUUUGACCUAACUCUUAGGUUUCUCCCUUAUUAUUAAGCAAUAAUCAAUGUGUCACCAAUUGUCCAACUAAUUAUUACCCAGACAUAGUAAAUGAUGUGAAAUAGUGCUUAAAAUGCAAUGAUAAAUGUUUAGAAUGUUAUAAUGGUUCUCCAACAGGUUGUACUAAAUGUAUUAAGCCUUUGAGAUUGAUUUGUGGCAAUUGUAUGGAUAAUGAAUAAGACAAUGAAUGUUCUGAUUGUAGUUCACAAUGCGUAAAGAAUAAUCAAAUAAUAAGAUAACAUGUUUUGGAAGAAGUUCAUCAGAAUGCUACAUUUGCAAACUUCCUAAUUUUCAUUCUCCAAUCACUGACAGUUGUGAAUUAACAUGUGAAUUCCCAUUAUAUGGAGAUGUGAAUGACUUUUAAUGUAAAGAAUUUUGUCCUUCUGGCACUUAUGGUUAACCUAUCACUAGAUAAUGUUUGCCAAAUUGCCCAGAUCCCUAUUUUAUGAAUGAAUUAAACACUAAUUGUGAGAAACAAGUAUAUUAUUAAUAUUAAAAUAUAAAGUGUCCUAUAGGUACAUAUCCAUAAGAUAGAUCAUGCUUGAUAUGCCAUACAACAUGUGAAACUUGUUCUGGUGGAUAGUCUACAGAUUGCUUAUUCUGUAAAGAAGGCUUUUAUAUGAAUAAUCAAGUAUGUGGUGUAUGUGAGUAUUAAUAAUAUUCAAACAAUGAAACAAGAACAUGUGUUAAUUACUUAACAUAUUCUCUCAAUAUUUUAGAAGCAUAUGACUCAACUAUAGUUUUUGAAAUUUCAUUUUCAAGCAGUAUCAAUCCAGCCACACUUGAUAUUAAUUCACAAAUAAAAGUUGUUGAUGUAGACAAUUCAUAAUAUAAAAUGUAAGUUAUGAUUUACAUAGAUAAGGACAUUAAGUUCUGUUUAAGAUGAUUAAUUCUUUAUUAUUACUUUAGAUUUUGAUAUAUCUCAUAGAAUUACUCAAAUCUCUUGUAAUUUUACAAACAAUAUUAUGAAUGAAGAUAAAACUCCGAUUCGAUUAUCAUCAGCAAUUUAAGAUUUAUAAAUACCUGCAUAGUUUAUUCCACCUGAAAAGGAAGCCAAUAAUAAAUAAAUUAAUACUUAUUUGAUAAUCAGUUAUUUAUCUUAUUUUUGCUUUUUGUUUCUUUUAUGUUUAAUAUUAAGAACUUAAAGAAGAAUGUUUUAUUUGAUUAUUAAUAACUUGUAAUUCAUAUAGGUAAUGAUUUUUAUUAAUUUUACUUUUUCAACUCUUACUUUAAAUUCACUCAAAUUACUAGAUAUUGUAAAUUUAAGGAGAAUACCAGCUAUAGGAAUUUCAGAAGAUGGAAUAAUAUUAUAUUUCUUUAAUACUCCAAUUUAUAAUCAAAUUCCAAAUAAUAAUUUGCUUUAUAAUGCAGGUUAUUAUUAUAAUUUUAUUGCUAAUGGUGGUAUAUAAAUAUUGGGAAUAUUAUUAAUAUUUUGGCUUAUAUGGAUAAUUAGUUACAUUUUGCAUAAUUUAUAUUAGAUAAAUAAUAAAUUAGAAACAUUGAAAAUAUAUAGAGCUAUGCAUGAAGGUAGUAAUGAUUUGCUUGUUCGUGUUCAUGAAUUUCUCUAUUUUCCAUUAAUUCUCAUUUCCAUUUUAUAAUUAUGGGGAUAUAAUUUUAGUUCUGAUAUCAAUAUAGCUUCAUUUGUAUUAUCAAUAGUCACUAUAUUAUAUUAUCUUUUAUAUUUCAGAAGUGUAUAUAAAUCAUAGUUUCUUGAUCUAGAUCAAUAAGAAAUGGAAAAUAAAUACUUUACAUUCUUCUCAGAUUUCAAAUAAACAAAUUACAUUAAAAAGAAUUACGAAUUUAUUAAUUAUUUUAUGAAAACUAGUAUUGCAUGUUCUCUAAUAUUGCUAAAUAAUUUUCCUUAUAUCUAGUUUUCUAUUUCAGUAACCUUGAUUGUGCUCUAUUUCUUACUUCUAAUUCAAAGAAGACCUUACUUAAGAGAUAUAAUGAAUUAUUCUGCUAUUUUUGGAUAUCUUAUUAUAGUUGGUUUAUAUACAACAUCUAUUGUGUCAGAAGUGGAAUAUAAUGCUUAGAAUGUUGAUAUAGUUAUUACAAAUAAAGAUGAAUAAAAAUAAUACAAUUUUGGAUUAUCAUUCAUGAUUUUAGUUUAGAUUGUUCUAGGAUUCUAUGCUAUUACUUUUAGUUUUAAUAAAUUUUAAGAUUAUUUGAAAUACUUAGAUAAAAAACCAGAAUGGAGAAAGAAGUUGUUAUAAAAGAUUGAAAAAGUCUUUUUUUCAGAAAAAAUGCAAGAAGUUGAAAUGGGUAAUAUGUCUUUUACAAAUUGA